UGUAAUUUUCCCGCGUGUGUGUAAAAGAAAAUUUAUCUUUAAUUGGGUUUGGAAGGGGAAGAAGCGAAAGGAUGAAAGAUUUGGACGUAAGGAAUGCGCCCUGUGCCGUUGUUCUCCAAAAAGGGUAUCCCUUUUCCACCAGUGUCAACUAGUGCUCCUCUACUCCACAAACUUUUCUCCUCUUCCGUCUCCCUCACGCCAGAAAUUGAAGCCGAAUACUUCUCCCGUAUCCUCCAAAGAUGCGCCCGCACCUCAAACCUCCUCCUCGGCGCCGCCAUCCAUUCUCUCCUCCUCAAAAGCUCUCUCCUUUCCUCCUCCCCCUUCCUACAUAACCACCUCCUCAACAUGUACUUCAAGUCCUCCGCGGAUACUUCUCUCUCCCUCCAACUUUUCGACGAAAUGCCCCAACCCAACCUCGUCUCGUGGUCCGUCGUCAUCGCCGGUCUCGUGCAGAGCGGCCAUGCUCGUCAAGCUCUCUCCUUUUUCAACCAAAUGCUUCGUUGCGGUACUCACCCAAACGAAUUCGCGCUGGUAAGCGCUCUCCAUGCUGGCUCACUCUCCGGCGGCCUAUCUCAAGCUCGGCAGGUAUUCUCCCAUGUUAUUCGCCUUGGUUUUGAGUCGAAUGUGUUUCUCAUAAAUGCCUUUCUCAUGGCUUUGAUAAGAAAUAACGUGUUCGAAGAGGCAUUGGAGUUGUUCGAGAAAUGUCUUAUCAGGGACGUGGUUACCUGGAAUUCUAUGAUCGCCGGAUACCUGCAAUUUGAUUGCGUCAAGGUUUGGGAUUUAUGGCGUCAAAUGAAUCUGGAAGGCGUGAGUCCUGAUGAGUACACGUUUAGCAGCGUUCUGACUGGGUUGGCAACAAGUUCGAGCUUGAUUAAUGGUUUACAAGUCCACGCCGAACUGGUAAAGCAUGGUUUCAGGGAGGAUAUAUGUGCGGGAAACUCACUGUUACACAUGUACAUAAAAAACCGAACUUUGACCGACGGAUUUAAAGUAUUUGAAGAAAUGCCGCAUAGGGAUGUGGCUGCUUGGACCCAAAUGGCUUCUGGCUGCCUACAUUGUGGGCAACCUUCAGAAGCCAUAGAAAUCAUCAAAUUAAUGAAAGCAGCUGGAAUCUGUCCUAACAAGUUCACAUUAGCAACCGAAUUGAAUGCUUGUGCUAGCUUGGCUUCCUUAGAGCAGGGAAAGAAGGCUCAUGGAUUCAGGAUCAAGCUGGGCGUUGAGGUAGAUGAAUGCGUGGAUAACGCCCUCAUCGACAUGUAUUCUAAAUGUGGUUCUAUGAAAGAUGCCUGCUCAGUCUUCUGGUUCAUGAAAGCAAGGUCUGUCAUUUCAUGGACGACAGUUAUCAUGGGAUUUGCUCAGAAUGGAUUUGCUUUCGAAGCCAUAGAAGCUUUUGAACAUAUGAUCUCUUCCAAUGAGAUGCCCAAUUAUAUCACGCUGAUAUGUGUUCUGCAUGCGUGCAGCCAAGGUGGGUUUGUUGAUGAAGGAUGGAAGUACUUCACAUCUAUGGUGAAUGAUUAUGGCGUCUAUCCAGGAGAAGAUCACUAUUGCUGUAUGGUUGAUCUGCUUGGGAAAGCUGGAAAGCUUAGAGAGGCUGAAGAACUGAUACUUGGCAUGCCAUUCCGGCCCGGCACGCUUGUUUGGCAGACGUUGCUUGGAGCUUGUGGGCUUCAUGGUGAGGUGGAGAUAGGGAAGAGAGCAGCGGAGAAUGUGCUUGCUGCGGAGAAGAAGGAUCCGUCGACUUAUGUUUUGCUGUCAAACAUGUUGGCGAAAGCAAGUAAUUGGGAUGGAGUUAGAAGUGUGAGGGAGCUUAUGCAGUGUGGUGAAGUGGAGCGAAUUGCUGGAUCUAGUUGGACUUUGCCACUGCUGUAGGAGCGCUAACAGAGGUUUAGCUCUUCACUUGUUCUGAGGGAUUCUCUUUAGUCAUAGGCAGUGCUAUGAGCUAAGAUGAAUAAUUAAGUUUUUAAAAUUAAAAUAUAAUUUAUCCUAUUUAAAAAAAGGAGAGUAUAAACAGUUGAUAUAAUUAAAGAGCUCAAAUGGUUCGAUGAGAUGCAAUUUUUUAUAGGGAUAAUUAGAUACGGAGCACAAGAAACAUUGCUAU